CGGAUCUGCAGUGUUCAAGUGCUACAGCCAAACAGGUCCUACCGACGUUUCGGAGCCAGUGUCCACGUUUGUAAGUGCUAUGGUGGUUUUUCUGAUAUUUUUUCGACUUUAAUGCACAGAGAGAGUUAAAAAAAGAUGUGGGGAACAAAGAGGGGGGACAUGCAGUAAAUCUGUAACCACGAUGUGGAAUCGAUCCAGGGACCGCUGCGGUGGGGGAUUUUGAACCCAGUACAUGGUUCAAAACAGAGGUGAUUUUAGGUGAUAAAGGGUCGCAUUGGGUAACUGCAAAUGCUGAUUACUGGCGUGUAAAAAAAACAAAAAAACAAAAGCUCCUCGGACUCCAUCAUGGUGAACCUCUGCUGCCUCUGCUGCGGUGAACUCCCUCAGCUCCGCCCCCCUCCGCCCAGCCAGCCGGGAGCACCGCGGGACCCCCGCUCUGCACAGCAGCAGCAGCCUGCUGGCUCCGGCCCAGACGCUGUGGGGCUGCUGGGGGCGCAGACAGGGGGAGCAAACGGAGGGAUAUCCAGACCGAAGCAGGUGAAGAAAAAGGAGUGAGCUCGGCAUCUCUCUCUGACAUGCGAGAAGUGCAGCAUGCUCUCUUCCGAUCAGGACUCUGCGGAGGACACGGCGACCAGCGGUCCUAAUGAUGCUGAGGGAGAGGAGCUGGAGGAGGACUCACCUGCUGAGAGUGAUGCCCCGGAGGAGCGUCCAGUCCAGCAGUCCCUCGGUGCUUGUGUCUGCAGGGAGUCCCAUUGGCGCUGCCUGCUGCUCUCCCUGCUCAUGUACAGCUGCUUGGGUGUGGUUGCCUGGUGUCAGCUGACCCGUGUCACCAAGAUCAGCUUCAACUCGGCCCUCACUUCCUCCUUCACGGCCUCCUUCACCUCCUCGCUGCGUGGGGCCUCCGGGAUGGGCGUUGGGGGACACUCAAUGAUCUACCAUGACAGCCCCUGCUCCGACGGCUACAUCUACAUCCCCUUGGCCUUCCUGCUAAUGCUCUACGUGCUGUACAUGGUGGAGUGCUGGCACUGCAGAGCCCGGAGUGAGCUGCAGUGCAAAGCAGACGUGGACAGCGUGUACGAGCGGGUGCUGCGGAUGCGGCAGGCCCAGCCUUGCAUAUGGUGGAAGGCGAUCAGCUACCAUUUUGUGCGACGGACUCGGCAAGUCACUCGGUACCGUAACGGGGACGCCUACACCACCACACAGGUGUACCACGACCGAGUCAACACCCACGUGGCGGAGGGCGAGUUUGACUUCAGCCACUGCGGAAUGAAAGAUGUAUCUCGUGACCUCAGAGGCCUAGAGGGGCAUCCGGCAACUCGCCUGCGCUUCACUAAGUGUUUCAGCUUCACCGAGGCAGGUCCAGAAAAUGAAUACCUCAACCAGAGAGCCAGGUUCUUCUCUGAAAUCGAAGGCUUGGAUGAUUACAUGGAGGCCCGGGAGGGGAUGCAGCUGAAGAAUGUGGACUUCAGAGAAAACCUGAUUGCCUAUGUGGACCCGGACAGGAUGCCUUGGUACACUUCCCAGGUUGCCUUCUGGCUGGCAGCUCUGCUCAUGCUGUCCUGGCCUCUUAGAGUGCUCAUCGAGUACCGCACUGCUUAUGUGCACUACCGCAUAGAGAAACUGUUUGGGUUGGAGUACAUCCACAGCAGCCCCUCUCCUCUAGAUGAAGACAGGAAUAAUACUACUUGUGUUAUUCCAAGAGUGGACACGCUGGACAGCACUGAGAUGGAGUGGCACAUACGCUGCAACCGCCAGGUGAUUCCCAGCUACUCGGAGGCCAUGCUGAUAAACAUGAGCACAGCAGACUCUACCUCCUUACAGGACACCUCGUCCUCCAACUGCGUCCUGCUGGACGGCAGUCAGACGGCUCAGAGCUACGGAGCUCUCCAGAGCCAGGACGACUGCGAGCAGUGCAGCGAUCAGAACGGACGAGGAGCCGGAGGAGGCAGGAGGAGGACCAUCACCAGCUCCAGCUGCUCCUCCAUCUUCUCCUGCCGAGGAGCGCUCCUCCACUCCCACCUCUCCUCGGACACGUCUCGCUUCUCCCUCUGCCGCAUGUACGGCUCCCAUCGCACCGUGGCUCUGUGGAGGAGCCGCAGCAGCAACCUGACGGACCCCUGCUGCGCUGAUGAGCAGUGCUGCCGCUCCGACUCCAGCCAGCUGGCUCUCAGCGACAGUCCGCCAACCUACAGAGACGCCCGCUUCUUCCCUGUUCUCAUUGUGCAUCGGUCUGAGGGCAGCGAGGACGGGAGGGAAGUGAGGCGGUAUUACGUACGGAGAGGGUCGUCGUGUGUGGAGACGGCUCUGUGAAGGACUAGAAAUAAGACUAAGAUCAUGCCACUGAAAACUGAGGGUGUCGCUGGGUUGGUCACUAUGGAGAUUUAUGGGUGAAAUGUACUUUUUCAGGAAAUUUCCAUUGUAAAUAAAAAAUAAAACAAACUUAAAUAGAGUCUUUUUUAUCAGACUUUCUAUUUUUGAACACAGUUUCAAAGAGUCAUGGUGUUGAAUUGUGCAUAUAUAUGGGUUAUUCCAUCUCAGAUCGCCAGGAGCCUGUAGCUCAACCAUCUCUGAUUUGCUUAAAACUUUUUUUUAAUCAUAAACUAUAGCUCUUUAACAUAUUGACUGUGAAACUUUAGAUUGAUCUACCAAGUAAUUUCUAAGAUACGUUUAAAAAAUGGCUCCCAUUUUCAGCAAGUUUUUUCCCAUAUUGGAAUUUAAUGCUACGUUUUAACCAUAAUAUCUCAGGAACUUAUUCACGAUAAACGCCUAAAAAAAUUCACUGUUAUUUCUAACUAUGCCACUAAUUCAGAAUCUGGCUGGACAAGCAGAUCAAAUAGAGUGCGAUUAUGUCUGAGUAGAAUUAUGAAAAAAAUGAAAGCUGUCAUGAAAAGUCUUGUCUUUGACUAGGCAAAAACAGAAGAAUUGAUAAUGCACAAGUCAACUGGUGAUAUAUUCUGAACAAUAUGCAGCUACAAGUCACAAUUAUGCAAAACAAAACAGAAUUCUUUUUAAUAUGAAAUACUUGGACACAGAAAUGGGAAAAAGGCAUUUUAAUUUCUGAAUCAAUGGUAUGAUGAGAAAUAACAGUUAAUGUUUUAGACUUUUCUCUUUAAUAGUUCCUUAUGCCAGACAUUGCCUUUCAAAUAUAGCCUCAGAUUCUGAACUGAACCGAACUGAACUGAAAUGAACUGAAGAUUUAAAUGCAGCAAAGCGUGUGCUGAAAGCUGACAUAACUAUCUCAAGAAGUGUUUGAUAUUUGAAGUUCAAAUUUCAACAAUAUCUUUAUAAAUAUCCAUAUUUUAUGCUCUAAAUUUUUCAGGCAAAUCAGACAUGACAGAGGCAAAAAUUGUUCUAAAACUUUAAUGAUUUCAGAUGGAAUAAUCCAGAUGUAGUUUCACCAGAGUGUCUCAUGUAAACAUCUGUGACUGUGCCUCAUCACAUUUUGUCAUAGUCUCCUCACUGCAUGAUCUGAAGAAUUCCUACUGUUUUCAUCACCUGUAUUCACCAGAAAUGUUUCAUCACAGGAGUCAGGACUUGACCAGUUUGUACACACUGGUCCUGUAUGUGUGUGAUUCAGCUGUAUGGAUAAAACUGAUCCCGUUAGAGGCAUUUAUAAGAGGAACACAUGAAAUAUGAAAAGCUGCAUGUGGUUACCAAAUAUAUUUUCUAUUAGUUGAUUAACAGACUUCAAGUGAAGACCAAAGACAUGAGUAUUUUAUUUUUGUAUUUUUUUUUUUUUUAAACAUACAAAAGAAAAUAAAUGAUGACGGGUCUGUGAACUGGAGAGCAUGGGUGAAUGUCAAAAAAAAAGCAAUAAAUGCAUAUCUGAAGGAUCACUGCAUAAUUUAAAAUCAUUAUAAAGUGACCUGCAAGCUGUAUGAAUCAGUUUACUCAUAGGGGUUGAAAUGCAUAAAAAGAAAACAAACAAGAAAGCUACAUGGCAGAGAGUGGAUCUGUUCUCUCAAAAUAUGUGAUUAAAUCUGGGAAAUCGUAAAGAAUCGUCUCACUGACACAAUUCAUUUUUUUAAAUAAAAUGUGACAAGCAGA